AUGAAUACACCAUUAAUUUCUAGUUUUCUCCUUGCUCUCUUUCUCAUCUCAUCUUGCUACUCAGUCACUGCCCAGCCCUUCGACUACCCUACCGCAAAACUUUCCACUACAUGGACCAACAAAGAGUCCGCACCCCACUCCGUAACCUUCACAGACGGCUCAACGGUCCGAGCCAUCCUCCUUAGAGGAUCAUUCGGAUUUAAGUUUGCCUGUGGGUUCUACUGCAACGGGACCUGCGACACUUACCUCUUCGCAGUCUUCAUAGUCCAAACCAACAGCGGGUCGGGUAUUGUUGGACCGGCUAUCGCGUUCCCUCAAAUUGUUUGGUCAGCAAACCGAAACCAUCCUGUUAAACUCGGUGCAAAACUAAACCUUAACAAAGCCGGAGAUUUAGUGCUCCGUGAUGCCGAUGGUAGCCUUGUUUGGUCUACCAACACAGCUGGAAAACAAGUUACUGGCAUGCAAAUAACCGAUACUGGAAACCUAGUAUUGGUUGAUGCUCGUAAGAAGAUUGUUUGGCAAUCUUUGUUGGAUAAUCUUGAUGUGAUGGGUCGACCGGGUACGGGUCAGCGGGCCGGAUCUAAACUGGGUUGGAUAGAAAAAUGA